UCUAGUGGACGGUUCUUCAGAAACAGCUCGUCAACCACCUCGGCAGCUUGUUAGCCAACAUAGCCGAAAGAUUCAAGCUAUUUAUACGCUUUCGGUGUAUAUUAGCUACUGUGUUUUAGACACACUUCUGUCGUAUCUUCUUGUUAACCGAUUUAAUAUAAUAUUACGUUAUUUUUUAUUAGUCAGCUAUAGUAGCUGGCUGGUUAAGUUCGCACUAGUCUAGUCGCUAAUGAUAUCUAGCUAGCUAACAUCCCAGAACAUGAGCUCCCUAAGUUACUCCCCUCCUGUUAAAGAAGAUGAGGUCUGCUGGGCGGAGAAAGACGCUGUGGGGCUGAACAUUGUCGUGAAAGAGGAGAAGGAAGAGGAGGAUGUCACAGUAGAACAAGAAGUAGAGGGUGAGGCUGUUACAGUGAAAGAAGAAGAGAAAGACGUUUUUGGAAUGAAGGAUGAAGAGGGGGAGAUCACUGUCACAUUAGAGGAGGACGAAGAAGAGAAGACUGGAGAACUGAUUAACACCAGUAAAUACAGAGAGAGACGUGACUAUCGUGGAUCCUCUGGGGAUCUUCAACAACAUCAUGAUGCUGAUGAGGCAGAAAAAAGUCUCUCCAGAUCAGAACUCCUCAAGAAACACCAGCGAGUACACACAGGAGAGAAAUCUAUCUGCUGCUCUGACUGUGGGAAAAGAUUCAGCUCUUCAGUCGACCUUAAAAUACAUAAAAUAAUUCACACUGGAGAGAAACCUUAUGGCUGUGAUCAGUGUGGGAAGAGUUUUACUACAUCUACCCAUCUGACUUUGCAUCAGAGAACACACACAGGAGAGAAGUCAUAUAGCUGUAAUCAAUGUGGGAAGAGAUUUUCUAAAUCAAGCCAUCUAACUAUACACCAUAGAACACACACAGGAGAGAAACCCUAUGGCUGUGAUCAGUGUGGGAAGAGUUUUUAUACAUAUAGCAAGCUGACUUUACACCAGAGAACACACACAGGAGAGAAAUCCUAUAGCUGUAAUCAAUGUGGGAAGAGUUUUUCUACAUCUAGCUAUCUAACUAUACACCAUAGGACACACACAGGAGAGAAAUCCUAUGGCUGUGCUCAAUGUGGGAAGAGUUUUUAUACAUCUAGCAAGCUGACUUCACACCAAAGAACACACACAGGAGAGAAACCAUAUAGCUGUCGUCAAUGUGGGAAGAGUUUUUCUACAUCUAGCCAGCUGACUGUACACCAGAGAACACACACAGGGGAGAAAUCUCAAAGCUGUGAUCAAUGUGGGAAGAGAUACACUGAUAAAAGAUAUCUGAUUAAACAUCAGAAAAUACAUGGGGUUGUUUCAUGAUAUCAAUGAAUUAAUGUCACAAUGUAAAAUGUUUUUACAUUGUAGGAGUAUUUGAUUGAAUAUCAGAAUGUAGAACCCUAAAUGUUUACCUCUUGUUCAAUUGAUCUUAGCCUCAGUGGAAAGAUCCAGGCUCUGAAUUGAAAUAGUUACUAUUUAUGUGAUUUAUCAAACAUUUACUAACAAAAAAGAGUUGUGUUCCACUUCCCAAGUGGUUACCCACUUCAAUCAACAUAUAACACUUCAAAAUGUGUUUUCUACAAAUUGUCCUCUAACCAGGGAUGUACACAUUAUUCCCAGAUUCCAUGUGGUUUUUGAGCUGUUAGUUUUAACAGAACGUGCAACCUCAUCUCCCUGCUCUCGCACAAUUGAUUUCAACAUGAUAUUGAUGAGUGAUGACAAAUAAGUGUUGCGUUCCUUUGUUUGGCGACCCCUACAUUUAAAUGCAUCACUGUUGCUCUGCUUUUAGAAUAUCAGGGUUCAUUCUUAGAUGUGCCAACCCAAAUCUACUAGAGCAUGACAUUGGGGACUGGGCCCCGAUCCAACAACAUGCCUAUCUAGUGAACCCUGAAAAGAGAGAGAAGCUCUGCAGUGAGUUGGAAAGUUACUACAGAUAUUGCAGGAGUUUCCUCUUGAAAUCAGACAAGUCUGUGGUAAGGACAACUUUGUUGCUGGUUGUCUCAAGGGUGGACAGUCAAAAAUAUGUGUUUUGCAUUUAGCCAGUGUGUUACCAUGGAUCACAAUUUAUUUUGACAUGUUUUUCCUUAUUGGAGAUUAGAUUUUAUAUUUUUUUCUGUAUUUUUUAAAAACUGCACUGUUGGUUCGGGGCUCGUAAGUUAGCAUUUCACUGUAAGGUCUACACAUGUAUUCAGCUAAUACGCGAAUAAUACGAUUUGAUUUGAGUUUUGGGACGAGAGUUCUAGAAGCUAGUGAGUUUUAGGAUUCUAUUGAAAGAAAAGGAGAAAAAAAUGCGAUUGUAUAUUAUUAUUUAGAAGUAGGCGCUUUUUCUUGUUUUUAAUUGUUGACAGCCAGUAGACACCAUGUUUAUAUUGUAAAAGGUGAAGUGUUGUAGUUGA